AAUACUGCAAGAAUUGAAAGUCCAAUCAUCAGUUAAUUUUUGCUAACCAAAAGUAACAAUCCAAAAAAAAAAACAAAAUGAAAUUUGUCAUUGUACUUGCCUGUCUUUUGGCCGUAGCUUAUGCUAAUGAAGAUGCCAAUAUUCUUAAGAGUGAACAAGAAGUAAAUGUCGAUAGCUUCCACUAUGCUUUGGAAUUGGAUAACACUAUUAAAGCCAUCCAAGAAGGUCAUUUAAAGGACAAGGAUAGCUGGCUUGUAUCUGGUGAAUACGAAUAUGUUUCCAAGGACGGCAAACACAUCAAGGUCACCUAUACUGCUGAUGAGCUCGGUUACCACCCCAAGGUAGAACAAUAAGUAGUUUAUUGAAACUAUGAAAUAUGUAUUGUUAAAAUAAACGCGAAUAUUGCAAAGAAAA